GGCACCGCCCCCGCCCGGCGCCAUCGCGGCUGAGCGGCCCCCGGCCGGCCAUGGCCACCGACUCGUGGGCCCUGGCCGUGGACGAGCAGGAGGCGGCGGCGGAGUCGCUGAGCACUUUACACCUGAAGGAUGAAAAAACCAAACCAGAUGCCAAUGGUGCCGUUGUCAAGCCUGACGACAAUGUGGAAAAGACAGAGGAUGAGGAGAAGGAGGACAGAGCUGCCCAGUCCUUGCUGAACAAGCUGAUCCGCAGUAACCUGGUUGACACCACAAAUCAGGUGGAGGUGCUGCAGAGGGACCCCACAUCACCCCUCUACUCCGUCAAGUCUUUUGAGGAACUGCGCCUGAAACCACAGCUCCUGCAAGGAGUCUAUGCCAUGGGCUUCAACAGACCAUCUAAGAUCCAAGAGAAUGCCCUGCCCAUGAUGCUUGCUGAACCCCCUCAGAACCUGAUCGCACAGUCGCAGUCCGGUACUGGCAAGACAGCUGCCUUUGUCCUGGCCAUGCUUAGCCGUGUUGAACCCGGAAACAAGUAUCCCCAGUGUUUGUGCCUUUCCCCAACAUAUGAGCUGGCACUUCAAACAGGAAAAGUGAUUGAACAGAUGGGGAACUUUUAUCCGGAGCUGAAACUUGCGUAUGCCGUCCGAGGCAACAAACUGGAGAGAGGGCAGAAGAUCUCAGAGCAGAUUGUAAUCGGCACCCCCGGCACCGUGCUGGACUGGUGUUCCAAACUGAAGUUCAUAGAUCCCAAGAAGAUCAAAGUGUUUGUCUUGGAUGAGGCUGAUGUGAUGAUCGCAACCCAGGGCCACCAGGACCAGAGCAUCCGCAUUCAGAGAAUGCUCCCUAGGGACUGCCAGAUGCUCCUGUUUUCAGCCACCUUUGAAGAUUCUGUGUGGAAGUUUGCUCAAAAAGUUGUUCCUGACCCAAACAUUAUCAAACUGAAACGUGAGGAGGAGACCCUGGAUACCAUCAAGCAGUAUUAUGUCCUGUGCAACAACAGAGAUGAGAAGUUCAGAGCUCUCUGCAAUAUCUACGGCGCGAUCACCAUUGCCCAGGCCAUGAUCUUCUGCCAUACUCGGAAGACAGCAGGGUGGCUGGCAGCAGAGCUGUCCAGGGAAGGCCAUCAGGUGGCCUUGCUCAGUGGGGAGAUGAUGGUGGAGCAAAGAGCUGCUGUCAUUGAGCGCUUCCGAGAGGGCAAGGAGAAGGUGCUGGUGACCACAAACGUCUGUGCCAGAGGGAUUGAUGUAGAACAGGUCUCUGUCGUUAUCAAUUUUGACCUCCCUGUGGAUAAAGAUGGGAAUCCAGAUAACGAGACCUACCUGCACCGGAUCGGCCGCACCGGUCGCUUCGGCAAGCGAGGACUGGCCAUUAACAUGGUGGACAGCAAGCACAGCAUGAACAUUCUCAACAGAAUCCAGGAACAUUUCAACAAAAAGAUAAACAAAUUGGAUACUGAUGACUUGGAUGAAAUUGAGAAGAUAAAUAACUGAAGUAGCUGCUGGAACUGGUGUGUGCCCUGCUGUGGAAGCUCUCCCACUACAAUUGGAUCAGCGUUUGGAUUGGCACAGCCUCUCAGCUCAUCCCGAAAAGAACUCUUCAAGAUAUGAGUACACAAAAAUUACCUCAUUUUCAAAAUUGCAGUGGGACUUCAAAUUGUGCAACUAUGGGGAGGAAGAGGAAAUGUUUACAGAAGCUUUUAACAUUUCUUAGUUUAGCCUUAAAAUGGGAUGAUCUUUGGAAUUCUGAGAAAUACACUUGCCAAAAGAGGGGCAAUAUAGAAUUAUCUAAAA